UUUAUAAAAGCACCUCUUUUUCAUAUCAUCCAAAAGAGAAAGCUUGGAAACCAUUCACCAAAUUCAAAACUAUAUAGCUCGCUAGCUUCCAUGAUGAAUUCUUUCACCAACAAGGAUAUGAAUUCACAAGGUCAACUCGAAAGGAAGGUGGAAACUGUAGAUUACCAAUCAUCUGCAGGGCAAGGGCAAGAAAAGAGACCGGUGGAGAUCAUCCAUCACCACCCGCUGCCGACUACUCAUAGCAACCAGAAAACCAGCGGCGCAGUCUUGACCAACGCCGCGGCUUCAGUCGUAUCCACCCUUGACUCCGCCAAAGAGGCCAUUUCUAAUUCCAAAGCAUAGCAUACCAGUCCUCUGUAGUGGGAGAAAAAGCUCUUUUGAUACAUGUUUUAAAUUAAGUGUACAUUUCUGGUUCCUUUUAUGAUCUAUGAAAAAAAAAAGAUCCUUUUAUGAUCUUUAGUAGAAACAAAAAGAGUACUCAAAGUUGAAUUAUUUAUAAUAUCCUUAUAGCUUGAUUCCA